UUCAGUCUUACCUCAGUUGUUUGUUUUGAAGGACACGGUGAGUAAACUGUACAUGGUUACACUGCACAUUCACUAACAUUCAGGUCAGCGUGUAACAAACCGCCAUCUUCAUGAUCUACAGUGUGACUUUAGCAGUGCCUUAGAAUCCAAGAUGUCUCUAUCACAUGAAAGAGAGUGUGCUGUUUGCACGAAUGACUUCACCACACCAAAGAUUCUACCCUGUGGUCAUCUCCUGUGUCGACAAUGUGUCAUUACCUGGAUGGAUUCCAAACGUGAUGCCGGGUGUCCGCUGUGUAGAUGUCCUAUAGUAGAGCAGUCAGAUGGAAGUUCGUCCGACACUGUUGACGCCCUGCCGGACAGACUUUGUGAUGGAAGCGCUGGUGGAGAGCGCUCGUGUGCUGAGUAAAGAUCACCUUUGUUGUGUGUGUGAGGACGUCAGGGCGGACUUCAUCUGUAUGCAGUGUCAGGUCAUGUUGUGUUCAGCCUGUACAAAGGCUCAUAAAAAGCUCCCAGUGAGCCGCAGUCACGAUGUGGAGAGUGUCAGCACUGUGACACCUGAACGUCUGGCUGCCAGCCGCCCUGCACUGUGUGCUGACCACGGCGACAAACACGCGAAGUACUUCUGCCGCGAGCACCGCCUCGCUGUCUGCUCAGCCUGUAAGGCUAACAAACACAAAGUAUGCCAGGAAGUAAACAUUCUUGACGAUGAAAUAAAGGCAGUUCAAAACUCAAUGAAGCACUUGACAAAGAUUCUGGUAAAAGCGGAGCAGAAACUAGAGCAGGCUAUAGGUCAGCUGACGUCACGUCUACAGGAAGUUGAUGUCAGCGAACACGAAGACAUGGCGCAGGUGGACAAGUCAUGUGACCGUCUUCACAAGCUGGUGGAAGAUUUUCGUAACAAGCUGAAGGAAAAGACCCGCACGUCACAUCUUAAAAUCAGGAAUUCAUUACGUGACGUCAAGACUGACUUAAGCAACCGUCUCGGGAAGGUGACGUCACACAAACACAUUGUGGCGAUAGUCACGGCAGUGUCACCACGUCCUGCACUGAUACACAUGACACAGGCUCUGACAGACAGGGUCAACAGCCUUGACCUUAGCGCUCACUUGCAACAAGAGGUGUGGGUGAAGCCCUUUUCAAGUGUAAAGUGCUGUCAAGAAGUUGCGGGACGGGUAGAAGAAGAGCUCCUGAUGUGGGACCAGCAGAAAACGGAUACAAAGGCUUCCUUACCAAACCGCUCGCAAAAAUUGAAGGAGGCUUUAAAAGCAAUGCAGUUGAACCCACAGCCACCAGUCCUUGUGUUCCACGAAAACUGUGGAACCAACAUUCGUCUGAUGAACGGUAACAGGACCGCGGAGAAGAUAAAUUCGCAGGCCUUCAGUCACGGGGUGGUGGUGUCACGUGACGCCAUGGUGGCCAACGUUUUGUAUGAAGUCAGGGUGGACGCGAUAUCAGUUGAGUACAAAGAGAUUUUACUGGGAGUGACAAGAAUUUCUCCUGCACGUCUCAUUGUGACAGAGUUUUCUAACGACCUUGAAGACUCUGUUAUUGUCGGACCCAAACUGGUCGACUACGAGGGAGAAUGUGUGUUGUCUCGACUCGGAACAAAUCUCAGGGAGCUUCAAGUCGGGAGUCGAGUUGGGGUCCUGGUGGACUCAUCAAACUUCCUUCACCUCUACGUCGACGGACGAGACCAGGGCGUUGUCCCAACACGUGUCAUACCGCCAUGUUUUGCUGUUUUCGAUAUGUGGAGUUCAGUCGCAAAGGUUACAGCCCUUCCCACAUCUAGGAGGACAUAAAGAAUAUCAGAGAAUGCUGAAACAGUAAAACGAUAAUUUUUUUUAAGACUGAUGACGACAUCAACCUUAGCGUUGAUAUCACCAACGAAUGCUCCAGUGAAUGUGUUUUGUCAACCUGUUUACUGUACAAACUCUUUCGCGUAUAUUUUUUUUUCGGUGAUAGACAUUAACAA